AGGACGUGUUCUGGGGAAGCCAGAGCUGUAGCCGGCGCGGCUGGCGCCAUGGAGCCGCUGUACCAACAAACGCACAAGCAGGUCCACGAGAUCCAGUCUCACAUGGGACGCCUGGAGACGGCAGACAAGCAGUCUCUGCACUUAGUAGAAAACGAAAUCCAAGCAAGAAUAGACCAGAUAUUCAGCCAUCUAGAACGUCUGGAGAUUUUGUCCAGCAAGGAACCCCCUAACAAAAGGCAGAGUGCCAAACUUCGAGUUGACCAGUUGAAGUAUGAUGUCCAGCACCUGCAGACUGCUCUCAGAAACUUCCAGCACCAGCGCUGUGCAAGGGAGGAGCAGGAGAGGCAGCGAGAGGAGCUUCUGUCUCGAACUUUCACCCCUAAUGGGACUCAGAAGAAGAUCCUAGACAUUGCCAACAUGCUGGGCUUGUCCAACACGGUGAUGAGGCUCAUUGAGAAGCGGGCUUUCCAGGAUAAGUACUUUAUGAUCGGCGGCAUGCUGCUCACCUGUGUGGUCAUGUUCCUCGUGGUGCACUACCUGACAUGAGCCAGCCCAGCUCAGCGGCUGAACAGUGUUCCCACCGUGUGAGUGUGUGUGAGUGUGUGUGCGUGCAAGAAAGAGAGGGCCCAAGAGGUUGCCUUUUGAAAUGUAUGCCCAUCAUAACUGUGAAGACCAUUUGGGAGGAACUGUGAUCUGUAACCUAGUGGAAGUUUCAAACAUGCUGUUUUCUGUGACAUCUUGGAAAGGGAGCACAGUGCUUAGGAAGACCUGUUCCUCUCUCUCUCACUCUCCCUGGGGGAGAAAGUAAUGUAAGGGGAAGGGAUGAAGAAGGAAAGGAGAGGAAAAGAAUGACUUCAGUGGUUUGUCCACAUGGCGGGUGCCCCCGGGAAGGCUCUUGAGGUGGCUUGCAGACAGAACUGUCCACACUCUGCCGUUAUCCAGCCUUUUCUGGCCCCUGAUGGAUAGGCUGGAGUAGAAGUGAAGGAGGGGAAGGAGGCCUUCUUUUCCUGUACCCAUUAUCGUGGACGGAUUUACAUGCUUUUGCUCCUAGCCAUUUCCCCUCUUCUCACCCACCCUGAAAAAAAAAAUGACAUGCAAACAACUUACGGUUGAUACUUGUCAUCCUUCCCUGGAAGCAGUUACCUAGGGGAAACAAAGACAGUGAAGCUGAUGCUGAGAACGAGUAAGAUUUUCCACAUUACAAUUGUUGGGUGUUUUUCCUUUCUAAAGUGAGGCCAGUAUUACUCCCUGAGAGUGUUCUGUCUUGAGGCUCGGGACCCUGGUCACUGCUGUUUUCCAGUUGUUACUAGAAUGGCUGGCUGAUGAGCUUCAGCGUGUGCAGCCUGGUACCCAUGCCCAGCCUCUGGGGAGCUUUUGCCCCAAAGAAGGUGGCUGUGAGCAAAGGUUGGUGAUUUGCUGAUUACAGUCUCACAUCUUGUUUUAGCAUUCUUGGGCCCUCUUCACGUUCUUGAAAUAUAUUAGCAACUGCCAGCCAAGCCCCCAUUCUGCCCAGCCGGUAUGGGCAGAUGCCACCCUGGAGACCGUCCCUGGUGUGUAUGUCCUUGUGAGGCUGUUUUCAGGGAUCAGGAACUUUACCUUCUCUGAUCAACCAUGGAUUGAGGCUUUAUGUUGUGGAAUUUAUUAUAAAGCCAGUCUAUCUUGAAUUCCAUCUAAUGUGAUUAGUCGCUGAGAGUACCAAGAAGACCUGGUUAGCAUAUUUUUUCAUCUGUCGCAGGCUCUGCCCACCUACCCCUCUAGGAUAGGUAGCCUCAUGGCAAGACAUAAGACACAGAAUUCCCCCAGAAGAACUGGAAACCUAGUCUGUGUUGUCUAGUCAGUUGUCUUGCCCCUCACUUCCUGUCUUUGUCUCUUGAACUCUCUUCUUCUUUCCCAUCUUUACUGUGUGUGUUCAGUUCCACCUCCGAUAUUUUACCUUCCACCUGUUUCUUUAGCGACAUUGGUCUCUUUAGGUACAUCUGGGGCAUAGCUCCCCCUUUGGUGAAUUUCUUAUAAUUGUCACAGAUUUUUAACAUGAGUUUCCUGGGUACUGAUUUCACACUUUGAGUCACAUGGGAUCUCGGUUGCUCCCAGCCCUCUGGGCUAAACAGGGACCUUAGGUUUCCAAGGAAGGGGGAGUGCAGCUCCUUCAUAAAGGGAUUGAAGGCUCCACCGGAGUGAACGUGGUAGUUUGGAGGGUGGACAGAGUGGUUGAGGUAUCUUCCGACCUAGCUCUAACUGGGGAGGCACGGUUUGGAAUUUCCAUCUCGUCCAGCCCAGCACCUCUGCCUUUCUGGCACUCAGCACUCCAUAGAAUGAAUGUCUGAACUGCACAGACUUGGCUGCCCUAUCCCUGGGCACAUGAGGAUUCCACCAGACAGCACACCUUGGAAGAAUGUGUGCAAGGAGCAGCUACAUCAUCUGGACUUGAACUCUGGGAGGCAGAAACCUCCCCCCACCACCUGUCCUCCAUUGCCCGUUGGGACACUUCUGUGCCGCGUACACCAGUAUAUCCCAUAUUCGCCUUUAUAACGCUUGCUGGCCUUGAGGAACCAGAAGAAAGGCCCACCUCUGUGCCAGGUCUCCCUACUGUGUAAUAAAAAUUGUGGAGGCAGUUUGUGGGUCUUUACUGCCUGGGGCAAGGGAAUGGCAAUCAGUGU